CCUUCUGCUUCUGGCCAAUAUAAAUACAGCUGCAGCAUGCUGAGUUCAUGCAGACAAACUGAACACACACUCAGCACAGCCAUCUCACCUCUCUUUUAUGUUUAUUAGAUCAGCUUUCAGUUGUGAACAUUUUGGAUCAAGUCCAGUAAUCAAGAUGCGUGCAUUAUUUCUUAUGGUCCUGUAUGCUGUACUGUGCUGCGCCAGCGCUGACAGCAACCAAGACAACAUAGAGACUCUAAUGGAUAAUGUUCUGGUCCUGAGGGUGCCUUUUGGCCAGGGCACCAGGGUGUAUGUUCCUCUGACCUGUGGAGAAGCUUAUCAAAACCAGCCUGUGGUUUGGAAGAAAAACGGCGUGUCUCAGCCAGCUCUGCAGGGGAACCAGGUCAAGGUCCUGGUGGAGGAGAUGGAUGGAGGAAACUACACUUGUCACCUCGGCCCAGACGGAGAAUACCUCAACCACACCGUGAUCAUGAUCCAACUAGACCCAGACAACAGGACUGUCAUACUGGAGGAAAAAUCCCCUGAAGAAGGUCACAUCCACUGUUCAGCACCUAACUAUAAAGGCUCCUUCCACUGCACCUGGACAAAAACAAAGUUCAGAUCCAAUGCCGCUGUGCUCCUGGUGAAAGUAGAACGUUCUUUGGAAACGAUUCCCUGUGAGCUGGAUGCUGAUGGCUCAGGGAUUCGCUGCCAGGAUGCCAACUGCCCAUACAAAGAGGAACAACACCGCAUCUCCCUCACCAUUUACAUACAUAGCUACUCUCGCCUUGAGGCCUACACAAAGGCUUUCUACCUGAGAGAGAUUGUGAGGCCGGCAAAACUCCCUAACCUGCGCAUCAGUGAUGGGACGGUGUUCAGCUGGAACUACCCUGACUCCUGGGAGAAGCCAUGUACCUUCUUUGGCCUGCAGUUCCAGGUCAAGGUGGUCAAGAUGGUCAAAGACCAAAACCAUCCCUGUAACAGUGAAGAGCACAUAAUGAGUAACAUCACUGAUGAAGCUAAGUAUGAGGUCAAUGUCAAACCCAAAAAGUAUGUUUUCUGUGUGCGAGCUCAGGACAAGCACACCAACGGGCCAUUUGGCGACUGGAGCAAUUGCAUAGUGAAUAAAGAUGUCGUGACCUGCUAGCUUCUUUCACUGGACUGCAGCCAUAAAGGAAGGAAGAACACAAGGAUGGAAGAAAAACCUUUCCUAACUCACCUUGUUUUGUUUUCACACAUUCAUUUUUUAAAGCAAUGCACAAAAAGUGGUGCUGUGCUUUGGGAGUGAAUGUAUACCUGUACAGUAUUUAUUGAUCACUCAUUUAAAAGUUGUCUCUUUUGAACUACAGUAUAUUGUUAUAACAAUUUGUAAUAUGAUUUAAAUCAAUUACUUUUCCUUUAUGCCCUUUGUAACUCUUAUUCAUAACUAUCCUUGCAGAAUUGUUGUUAAAUGUUUCUUAACAUUUCAUAAUAAAUUGAUGAACAUUUUAA